ACCAACCCGUAUUUAUAUCCCGAUAGAUGUUUAAAAAUGAUGCCUUAUUUCUUAAAUAAAAUUACAUCUUACUGUAUUCCCUUACAUUUCAGAACUUUCAUCAUCAUCAUCAUUUAUCAGUAAUAUUACUACAGUUCGGGAUUACGGACGUUUACCUCAAUCAAAAGCAUCAACCAGUAUACUGGAAUAUGCUUCAUCGGAGAGGCCUAAGGAAAUAACAGAAUUUCCUACAUCUGUAAAACCCUCAACAUCAUCAUCAACAUCACCAUCAUCAGAUAAAACAGAACAGAACAAUCAUUGGAUGUUGGUUGCCUUAAUUUUGAUUGCUUUGAUAGCAGCAGCAUUUGUUGGUGGCGUUUUUAAUGCACUCAAACCUAAAUGUAGAAUGCCUGUUGUUUGUAAUGCAAGAAGUUCUAGUCAAGAUCACGCAACUGUCAACGAUCAAAAGAUGAACAAAAAUAUUCAACAAAGAGAUACACCAAGGACUUAUGAUGAAGAGACCCAAGACUAUGAUGAAAUUCAGAAAUCCCAACUAAAUCAGCAAUUGAAUCCCGCUCAGUGUACGUCUAUCGAGUUCAGAAGAGAAAAUAGUGUAUCCGAAUAUAGAUCUAGUAACUCACAGAGACUAAGCAUGUAUAAAAGGAUCUCGUUCAACUGUGAUUACAACAUCUUAUUGUUGAAACAAAGACAGAGCGCUGCUAUCUAUGAUCAUGACUGGCGUAGCACUGGAGCUAUUCUUGGUACUGAUGAAGAGUUUGUUACACUUACAGGAGGCGAAAGUUUGAAUCUACCCGGUACAGCUGAAGAUAAUAUUUUCCAAACUUUGACUCGUAACUUUGAUUUUAGCCGAAUCAAAGGAGAAGAAAGGCUUGAUUGUUCACUUGGAUUGAUCCGAUCUACUUCUGAAUCUCAACUCUCUGAAUUUAAAUUUGCUCCCAAUUUAAGAGAAAAUGGCUUUGACAAGGUAUCGAAUGAAGAAGAGCUUUAUUGUGAAAAAGAAUCUAUCGAAGUAGCAGAGAGACCAUAUAGCAUCUCGCAAGAAUAUAUUCAGAGAGAAGUUGAAAUAAGUGAAGUAGAGGAACUUAAACCAGAGAUAGAGAUAACAUGCUUUUAGUUGUGUUAGGACGAUUUGUGUUAAUUUUUUAAUUAUGCAUGUCUCAAUA